AUGGCAACUACUAUUUCCUACGGCGAAAAGAACUCUGGCUUGCAGGCAGGGGUAGUGCACGGGAAUGUCACGCUUGUACAAUCCGAAACGCUGGACCAAGCAUGCCUCCGCGAUUUACGUGCGACAAACCCUGUCGAUGAUAAAGAACGUAUCAAGGAUACCAAGGGCGGACUACUCGAAGACUCAUAUCGCUGGAUUCUAGACAACAAAGAAUUCAAACAAUGGCAAGACAGCGACAGCAAUCGCCUUCUCUGGAUCAGGGGUGAUCCUGGUAAAGGCAAGACGAUGCUCCUAUGUGGUGUCAUCGAAGAGUUGACGAGACUGUAUGGGGAUAAUGCGAGUAUCUCGUUCUUUUUCUGUCAGGCUACCGACAUGCGGAUCAACAGCGCUACGUCUGUCCUGAGGGGGUUGAUAUAUUUACUUGUUAAGAAUCAUCCAUCUCUUCUCCACCAUGUGCGAGCUCGGUACGACUAUGCAGGAAAGACUCUCUUUAAGGAUGUCAAUGCAUGGAAUGCACUGUCAACAAUCUUCAGGGACAUUCUAAACGACCCAACCCUGCAGAUGACUUAUUUGGUAAUUGAUGCUUUAGACGAGUGCACAAAUGGGCUCCGUUUCCUUCUCGACUUGAUUGUCCAGGAGUCAUCAACUCAUCCACAGAUAAAGUGGGUUGUUUCUAGCCGUAACUGGCCUGAAAUCACUGAGCGGCUUGAUAUUGCUACCCAGCUAGCUCCGAUCUCAUUAGAGCUGAACGAGGUGUCUGUGUCUGAAGCAGUGAACCAAUUUAUUCAGCAUAAAGUUGACGAAUUGGCAGAAGCGAAAAAAUACAGCGAAAAUACUCGCGAUGGCGUUCAAUCCUACCUAUUGUCAAACUCGCAAGGUACCUUCCUCUGGGUGGCCUUGGUGUGUCAGAAUCUUGAAAAGAUACGAAUAAAUGUACUCAAGAAGCUGAAAUUAUUUCCUCCUGGGUUGGAAGCUUUAUAUGGUCGAAUGAUUGGCCAGGUUCACGAAUCUGAAGAUCCUGAGCUCUGCAAGGAGAUACUGGCAAUUAUGUCAACAGUCAUUCGGCCUAUUACGCUACACGAACUGACUUCAUUUAUUGAACUACCGGACAACGACGACUACGAUGAUCAUGUUUAUCUUGAAGAGAUAAUCGCAAUCUGUGGAUCCUUUUUAACGUUACGGCAACAUACCAUUGUGUUUGUUCAUCAGUCUGCAAAGGAAUUUUUACUCAAGGAAGCACUCAGUGAGAUACUUCCUAGAGGUAUAGAGGCUGAACACGACAUGAUAUUUAGACGAUCUCUCGACGUUAUUUUCAAGACACUUAAACGUGAUAUCUGGAAUAUCAAAUUACCUGGACUGCACACGAAGGAUAUUUGCAAACCUAGCCCAAAUCCACUUGCAGCGGUGGAAUACUCAUGUGUCUACUGGAUGGACCAUCUUGAAGCUAGCCUGGUGAAUGAAGCUUGUGAGCUGGGAGUUUAUGACAGAGGUCGCGUGGAUACGUUUCUGCAGCAGAAACUCCUCCACUGGCUCGAAGCUCUUAGUAUUUUGGGAAGUGUUUCGGAUGGUAUCCAAGUGAUGCAAAAGCUCGAUAUUUUAAUUGAGGAUGAGAGACCAGACUGGGUCUUGAAACAUCCCGUGGUAGAGGAAAACUGGAGUCUUUGUCUUCAAACUCUUGAGGGGCACAGUAGUUGCGUCAUGUCAAUUGCCUGGUCGCCAGAUGGAAGCCGACUCGCGUCAGGGUCUCUUGAUCAGACAGUCAGGAUCUGGGAUCCGGCUACCGGCCAGAGCAUAUCAACCCUUGAGGGGCAUAGUGGUUUGGUCAGAUCGAUUUCCUGGUCGCCAGAUGGAAGCCGACUCGCAUCAGCGUCUCGUGAUAAGACAGUCAGGAUCUGGGAUCCCGCUACCGGCCAGAGCAUAUCAACCCUUGAGGGGCAUAGUGGUUUGGUCAGAUCGAUUUCCUGGUCGCCAGAUGGAAGCCGACUCGCAUCAGCGUCUCAUGAUGAGACAAUCAGGAUCUGGGAUCCGGCUACCGGCCAGAGCAUAUCAACCCUUGAGGGGCAUAGUGGUUUGGUCAGAUCGAUUUCCUGGUCGCCAGAUGGAAGCCGACUCGCGUCAGGGUCUCUUGAUCAGACAAUCAGGAUCUGGGAUCCGGCUACCGGCUGGAGUAUAUCAACCCUUGAAGGACAUAGUGGUUCGGUCGACUCAAUUGCCUGGUCGUCAGAUGGAAGCCGACUCGCAUCAGCGUCUUUUGAUAAGACAGUCAGGAUCUGGGAUCCAGCUACCGGCCAGAGCAUAUCAACCCUCGAGGGGCAUAGUGGUUUGGUCAGGUCGAUUUCCUGGUCGCCAGAUGGAAGCCGACUCGCAUCAGGGUCAAAUGAUGAGACUGUCAGGAUCUGGGAUCCGGCUACCGGCCAGAGCAUAUCAACCCUCGAGGGGCAUAGUGGUUCGGUCGACUCAAUUGCCUGGUCGUCAGAUGGAAGCCGACUCGCAUCAGCGUCUCGUGAUAAGACAGUCAGGAUCUGGGAUCCGGCUACCGGCCAGAGCGUGUCAAAUCUUCCUAUCGGCUUCAUCGACUCUCUUCAAUUCGACAACGAUGAUAUCAAUCUUCUGCACACAAAUGACGGCACAUAUGACAUAGGUUCAAAAGGUCCGAUGACGCAUGUGUCUAACGACUUCAUCUCGCCGCUAAAGCAGCAUGGAUACGGAUUAAGCCAGGAACAUUCCUGGAUAACCUAUAAUGGACUCAAGCUGUUGUGGUUGCCUUCAGAAUAUCGCCCAAACUAUCACGACACUUUCGCUAGAUAUGCAACCAGAUUGGCGAUCGGCUGCUCAUCAGGUCGUGUCAUAUUCCUUGUACUCUCAGAACGAAAUCCCUUUUCUAGCCUUUGA